AUGAGGUUUAUACACCCAACCCUCCAGCUCCUAGCUUUAUGCUCGACGACCUUUGCGUCUCCUUGCAAGCCUUCCGCUUCGACUAAGAGUACCGAAGACCCUUCGCUUUCCACCACGCAACUAUCGACUAUUCCCGAGAGUGCUACUGCCACGGAAUCUCUCAGCGAGCCUCCAGCCUUUACCACCGAGUCGACGCUUGCCUUUGAAGCGACUACCACGUCUGGCUUGCUCUCCAUCUCUACCACUUCAGCGGAGCCUUCAACUACGACAUCGGAUCUUCCCCAGCAGCCGAGCAACUUGCUCCGCAACCCUGGUUUUGAAGACGGCACUGUCGCGCCCUGGGAACGAUCCGUUGCUUUCGGAGAUCCCACUAUUUCUACGUCAGAGGCCCUUGGAGGCAGUCAGUCUGGAUUCAUCAGUGGCGCCCCAGGAGGUCCUGCAGAUAUUGGCUUCAGACAACGUCUUGAUUCCUCAUUAUUUGAGGCUGAAAAGCCGUAUACGUUCUCUGUCUAUGUCAAAACGACGGUUGCGGGCAGUUGCUUUACCCGAAUGGUGACAUGUGAUUCUGGGACUGGAUCACAAACUGCAUACUUCAAUUCAGCCAAUAUUCAGGGACCCUUGAAUGAAUGGGUGCUGGCAACAGUGACGUGCUCGUGGAGUCAGGCUCGGUUGGACUCUGGGAUAAGUGUGGCUGUCAGAGGUGUUUGUGAGCGUCUGAGCUUCUAUAUUGAUGAUGCUGUUGUAGAGGCAGCUGCUUAG